CAUUCUGGUUUUCCUCUUUUUUUCUGCUCAGAACUUCUGGACCUGCAGCCAUUGCCUGUGACAGCUCUGGGGAACCAAGAGUUUGAGAGCUUGUACAAGUUCACUCACUUUAAUCCCAUCCAGACACAGAUCUUCCACACACUGUACCACACUGACACCAACGUCCUGCUGGGGGCACCGACAGGCUCUGGGAAAACCAUUGCAGCCGAGCUUGCCAUGUUCCGGGUCUUCAGCAAGUAUCCCUCCUCUAAGGUUGUCUACAUUGCCCCUUUAAAAGCUUUGGUGAGAGAGAGGAUUGAGGACUGGAAGAUCAGGAUUGAAGAAAAACUGGGGAAAAAAGUGGUAGAGCUGACUGGUGACGUUACUCCAGAUAUGAGAGCUAUCGCACAAGCUGACCUCAUUGUCACCACACCAGAGAAGUGGGAUGGAGUGAGCAGAAGUUGGCAGAACAGGAGCUAUGUUCAGAAAGUGGCCAUUCUCAUCAUAGAUGAGAUCCACCUGCUGGGUGAGGACAGAGGCCCUGUGUUGGAGGUAAUUGUGUCCAGGACUAACUUCAUCUCCUCUCACACUGCAAAGGCAGUGAGAGUGGUUGGUCUGUCCACAGCUCUGGCCAAUGCUCGGGACCUCGCUGACUGGCUGGGAAUUCAACAGGUGGGGUUGUUUAACUUCCGUCCAUCUGUGCGUCCUGUCCCACUGGAAGUUCACAUUCAUGGUUUCCCAGGACAACACUACUGUCCCCGAAUGGCCAGCAUGAACAAACCCACUUUCCAAGCAAUACGCAGUCAUUCACCUGCCAAGCCAGUGCUGAUUUUUGUGUCAUCAAGAAGACAAACCCGUCUGACUGCCCUGGACCUGAUUGCCUAUCUGGCCACAGAGGACAACCCCAAGCAGUGGCUGCACCAAGACGAGAGUAUGAUAGAGGAUGUCAUUGCUACGGUGAGAGAUUCCAACUUGAAGCUGACCCUAGCCUUUGGGAUUGGCAUGCACCAUGCCGGUCUUCAUGAAAGGGACAGAAAGACUGUGGAGGAGCUGUUUGUCAACUGCAAGAUCCAGGUUCUGAUCGCCACCAGUACUUUGGCAUGGGGAGUAAACUUUCCUGCCCACCUGGUGGUUGUCAAGGGAACAGAAUACUACGAUGGAAAAUCCAGGCGCUAUGUGGACUACCCCAUUACAGAUGUCCUGCAGAUGAUGGGGCGAGCUGGUCGUCCACAGUUUGAUGACCAGGGCAAAGCAGUUAUUCUGGUCCAUGACAUCAAGAAGGAUUUCUACAAGAAGUUUCUCUAUGAACCAUUCCCUGUUGAGUCCAGCCUCCUCAGUGUACUGUCGGACCACCUGAAUGCUGAAAUUGCAGCCGGAACUAUCUCGUCCAAGCAGGACGCUAUGGAUUACAUCACAUGGACAUAUUUCUUCAGACGGCUGGUGAUGAAUCCCAGCUAUUACAGCCUAGAAGACAUCAGCCACGAGUCCAUCAACAAAUACCUCUCCAACUUGGUAGAAAGAAGCUUGCUGGACCUGGAAUGCUCUUACUGCAUUGACAUUAAAGAGGAUGAUCAGACAGUUGAGCCACUGACAUAUGGUCGCAUUGCUUCUUAUUACUACCUGAAGCAUCCAACCAUCCGGAUGUUUAAGGAACGACUGAGAGCCGAGCUGCCUCUGCAUGACCUACUCUCUGUCCUCACAGUGAGUCAGAAACCCUACGAUCUAGUUUA